GAAAAGCACUAUUACUAGGCUGCAGACUUCCCUGAUCGCGACAGACUCCCUGAAGACCGACUCCCCUACUUCGACACCACCGCAGGCUGCCUAUACAACACCUCGAUCUAUCGAUCCCCCUCCCACCGGCUAAGCCACGCUCCGUAGGAUUCGCGCAUGGCGUGCACCGGCGCUCAAUGUCAUUGCUGUCUGACACCAUCUUUACAGGCGGCAGUACGCGACUGCACGUAAGAGGAGGACAAAAUGGGCAGAAAUCCAUAAGGAAGAGCAAGAGCCAUGGUGGCUUCCUCGGACCCCUUGUGCAGCUGGCCAGGAACCCGUUAGGUGCUUUGAGCGACCCAGUGGGCGACUACCAUGCUCCUGAAUUAGCCGUGGAUGCUGCGGAAGCAAAUCGUAGGCAGGUCCUGUACCUGCACAUGAAAGACGCCGAGACAUACGACCAAUGGAAAGCCGCCGCGACCGAGCUCGAUAUCUUAGAAGGAAACGAAGCCUGGAAAGAAGAGGACGACACGCCGGAAUACAAUGUGGAUCUGGUUGCCGCCCGACUGAAAGAGCUGGACGACGCUCGCAUGAGCUGCGACGUGAAGAGGAUGCUGUUCCUGAUUAGGACCACACUCACACGCGGAUUGGGCGACAUGGGCGACCUGCGUCUGUACAAGCACUCGCACAUUGGGACCAAGCGUUUGAUCGAGAGGUACAUCGAGUCGGCGCAGCAAACCAUGGCCGCUCUGCUGGACGUCUCGGAGAAGCAGGGAGAUCAGUGUCCUAUCGAGCCGCGGCGACUGGUCGACCAACUGCUUCAAACACGUCAAUCAUUCGGGCGGAGCGCAUUGUUACUCUCAGGUGGUGGAACUUUUGGCAUGAACCACAUUGGCGUCGUUAAGGGUCUUUGGGACGCUCGUCUUCUCCCACGCAUUAUAUCGGGAGCCUCUGCAGGAAGCAUCGUCAGUGCAGUCCUAUGUGCAAAGACUGAUGCAGAGAUCCCGGAGGUUAUGCACCAAUUUUGCUUUGGAGAUUUGAACGUAUUCGAAAGCCCGGAUCACCCAGAAAGCAUGAUUAACAAAGCAAUGCGGUUGAUGAAGUCUGGAGCUCUCUUUGACAUUGCACAUCUCAUGAGAGUUAUGCGUGAUCUGCUCGGGGACUUGACCUUUCAAGAAGCAUAUAAUCGGACUCGACGUAUCUUGAACAUUCCUGUUUCGACUUCGUCGCUCUACGAAUUGCCCAGACUCCUCAACUACAUCACAGCGCCCAAUGUGAUGAUCUGGUCAGCAGUAUGUACGUCUUGCUCAGUUCCGCUAGUAUACAAAAAGGCUUCUUUGCUGGCCAAGGACCCAAAGACCGGACAGGAAGUACCUUGGGACCCAAACCCCGACGCGACCUGGAUCGAUGGCUCAGUAGAUAACGACUUACCGAUGACCCGACUGGCCGAAAUGUUCAAUGUGAACCACUUCAUUGUCUCGCAAGUCAACCCGCACGUUGUUCCCUUUCUGGCGAAAGAGGAGGAGAUUGUUGCUGCAGAAGCCCAGCAAGAUGCCGUCACUGGUCCCGGUUGGAUGAGUCUCUCAGCUAGUCUUUGCAAGGGCGAAGUAAUGCACCGCCUCCAACAGCUAGCGGAUACUGGAUUCCUCCCAAAUCUUGUCACAAAAGGACGUUCGGUACUCAGCCAGAGGUACUCAGGCGACAUCAACAUCUUCCCCAAGAUUAACUACGCAGACUUCCCUAGAGUGUUGAGCAACCCCACGCCAGAGUACAUGGUCGGAUGCAUGCUCACUGGACAGCGAGCUACAUGGCCGAAGCUCUCGCGGAUACAAAAUCAUGUCGCUAUCGAGCUCGCAUUGGACGACACGAUCCAGAAGCUCAAAGGACGGCUUGUAUUUACACCUUCACAGCAAGACAUCAAUAUGAGGCGGACCAGCUCUCAGGAUCAUGAUCUCGCUCAGAGAAAGCGAGCGAAAUCGACACAUAAGAUGACGCGCUUCGAGCUCAGGACGGAGCCUCCUAGUCCUGUGCUGCGGAAGUCUGCACCCACCAGUCCUCUCUUGUCUCGCGCAGCCUUGAGAGCGUCCUCACAACCGCUUUCCGUCGCGAAGCAAGCUCACGGCGCAAACAAUGCAAGGCGUCAGUGGACCGAGACCAUUCAACUCGAUCCCAUGUCGUCUACCAAUGACACCUCCGACCACGACUACUUCGCCGACCCCGAGUCAGACACCACGGACAGGCUCUCAUCACCCUCGCCUUCUACGUCACCUACAUUCACCGGUCCCGCCCUUUGGCCUUCGACCCCUCAAGCCACGAUGCAAGCUGCUCCACAGCCCACGCCACAGCCCGCUCAAAGUCCGCUCAGUCGCCGUACCAACACGCUGUUUAACCUCACCAUGACCUCGGCGGCAAGAAACUCCUCCAACCCAAACGUACCAAGCUCACCAGAGCUGCGGUACAAGCGCCUAUUCCACCCUCCAGGACCCGCUACACCCGAUGUCAGUGUAGGCCCACCGAUACUGGACGUAGAACCCGUCAGCACAACACGUUCCCCAUCUGCCAGUAGACCUGGUAGCCGGCGCGGUAGUGCAUCGGGUUUGCCGAUUGAUCCCUCAGGGACUAGAGGCAUGCUCCUGAGAAAGAAGAGUUACAUGUAGUAUGGAUGGCUGAACUUGAUGUCUUUUUCGCGAUUACCCUUCUUAUACAUAGUCUUUUACAUUCUUUCCGCCCUCUUACCAUCUUCUUUCGCAGUUUCCUUUGUUCAAACAGCAUGGAAGGUAGACCAGAUAGGGAUCCGCACGUUUCAAGAGAGUAGACUGGAAUAGUGACAGUACACA